AUGGCAACAUUCAGAGAGGCAAGGGAAGCUUUAUUGUUUGCCUAUCAAGAUGGAAGCAUUUAUGACACAGAGUUUGCCCUGUUGUACGAUUUAAAUUCUUCUGAAAAUCUCGAAUUUCCUUAUUGGAAGUAUGGUCGCUUCGAUCUUGAUUCUAUGACAGAUGAUGAGUGUAAGGCUAAUUUCGGUUUUUCAAGAACGAUAUUUAUUUACUCGGAGAAGUUCUUGAUAUUCCAGACAUAAUGGAAUGCCCAAAUGGCGCUCUUAUUACUCAUUUUCAAAAGGUUAUAUAUACAGCCAUAGAUUUGCACUGUCAUUAUAACACAACGGGGAAGAAGGAAAAGUCAUAGAAAAAUAUAUCGAGUCUAAUGCAAUAUAUAACAUAAAAUUGUAAUGCCUGCAACCUACCGACCACCCGCCCCUACCCCUUAUCCUGCUUUUUAGUUACAGUGAAACCUGUAUUAAGCGGACACCGUAUUAAGCGGACACCCUCUAUUAAGCGGACAGUAGCCGAAGUCCCCAAAUUUAUUUCCCUUAUUUACUUUAAAUGAAACCCUUUAUUAAGCGGACACCUCUAUUAAGCGUACGCAGACACCGAAAAAGUACCUGAAAUGGUCUUUUCUAUUGUUUUCAACCUGUAUUAAACGGACACUUGUAAUUAAAUUCCACCACUUAACAUGCUAGACACCGGAAAUGCAAAAGAUUGCCACCCACAAAUUUUAAUUUGUUACCUUAAAAAACGUGACUUGCCGAACUUAUUUGAUUAGUUUCACAGUACAGUUAUGUUUUCUGUUUCGUUUUGUUUGUAUGGAGCUUGUUUCACUCAUCUGAUUUCUUCAAAUUUGAGUCGCAAUCUAUGUUUAUGGUACUGGUUCACUAAAAUAAAGAAAUUAAUGCAAACGUAUAUCGUCAUAGUAGGUCUAAACGUUUCCACUGUUCAUUUGAAUGGCAUUUGACACCUCAUAUGACGUUAUCUAUUGAAACCUGUAUUAGGCGGACACCCUGUAUUAAGCGGACACUACAGCAAUCCCCGAGGGUGUCCGCUUAAUACAGGUUUCACUGUAUUAAUGACCGCAGCCUUGGGACUGAAAUAAAACUCACAAUUUUUUCAUUAAAACUUGAUUGUGUCUUAAUCAUUAAACUGAUUUUAGUGAAGAGUACUGCUAACCCUACAAGAGAGAUUUUAAAAUUAAAAAUGUGAGCUUAAUAUUUGGCCUCAACAUACUCCCUCCCCUAGAUUCCCCAGCCCUUUUUAUCCAAGGGAGUUUUUUAAAACCUGUUUUCGAACACACAAAGUAUCACUAGUUUCUUUAUUGGUGCCCAUUGAGUACUGAAAUGGGGCACGGUGCCAGGGAACCAUGUGUGGAGGCUAAGAGGUUAGACCUGGGCGAAGCCUCUUCGUACCUUCCAUUUCACUGUGAAAUUGUCAGCUGCCUCAGUUUUCAUUCCAAAUGCGGUGCCGGUAGCAUGUUUAUAGAUUGAUCAGAUGCCUCAUGGUGGGUCUGCCGUGAGGACAGUUUCAGGAAUGUUCAAUCUUUCGAAUGUGACAAGCCACCUCCUUCAUUUGCGUCAGGUUAAGUGCAGCUCCAACCCUGAUGGUCAUGCGACACGCACAACUUGCAAACAUUUUACUCACCCUAGAGGGUCUACACAUCACAGCGUGAGAAUCACUCAGUAUGAAAAUCAGUUCUUCAAUGUCCUCGACACCAAACGUUCACUUUUGGCUCAUGGGAAGAGAAACUAGCUUGACAUUUUUCAUUGCCUCGGCAUUGUGAUCAAUCUCAAAAUUAAAUCAAUUCUUUUGAAAUAUUUCUACGUUAUUUGUAAGAAUAGCUUGAUUGGCAGCUGUCAGUUCAAACUUUCUGGUUUUCCAACCUACUUUGCGAAGGUAUUAGUCAACCCCAAAAAUAAAUGUUACUGUGGCUCAAUUAUUUCGGAGUGGGAAGCUUAUUUUGAUUAUUUGAUUAAGCGAAGAUGAAGCUAUCAUUUCUCCAUAAAACCUAGGAUGGAAAAGAAGUUCCGGCACAUGAAGUUUGAGGUCAUGCAGCCGAAGAUCAAAACCACCGGAAAUUCCAGCACGUGGAUGAAUCAUACCGGAUCAGUCGUCGUGGAGUGUUAUGGCCCAGAUCAAUUAAUACAGUCUUUCAUUUCAGAAUUCAGGGGAGGUGAGGAGGGCUUAAAAGGGGGGAAGGGGUUAAUAACUCUUUCCCCUGAAAAAAGGGGGGUCAUUAGAGAGGGGAUGGCUUAUUUAAGAGGGGCGGGGGGCGAGGUCUUAAUAGAAAAUUAAGUGUAUUUCCUCUUGGCUUGUUCUAUUUUCACGACCACCCUAUAAUCUGAAAACCCGGCAAAGCUGUUAACAAAUGACUUCCUCAAAGGAGUUUUCAUUACCUUAAUGAUUUUAUUGUUCCAGUUCGAUUAUACUAUAACUAACAACCCUCUUCAGGGGCGAGGUCUUUAGAUCAGUUACCCUAACUAUUCCUGCGUUUGCGCAUUUCAAGUUUAUAAUUCAAAGGUCCCCUUCUUAGUUCUUAGAACAGCUAAAAUACUCCAUGAAGGAACCAAUAUAAAAGAUUUUUCGAGUUUUAUAAAGAGUCAUCGAGUCCAUUGAGCAUAGGUGAUAUGUAUAGAGAUUAUUCAUUGAGUCAUACACUACAAAAACAAAGAUGGCCAUCGACCGGUUCUUUCGUUAUAUCGCCCCAUGUAGGGAAAUUCAAGGCAGUCUUGUCUCCCCCCCCCCCCCCUAAAGCUAAAAAAGUCCCAGAAGGAACCAAAACAAAAAAUUUUUUGUGUUUUAUAAAGAGUCCUAGAGUCCAUUUCGAAAAGGGUAGAUGUAUUGAGAUUUUUUUUUGAGGUAUUCAACAAAAAAAAAAAGAGGGCCCACGCCCGGUCUUUUUUUUAUACCCCCCCACUUAGGGAAAAUUAAGGCGGCUUUUUCUCCCCCCCCCCCCCCCCCAAAAAAAAAAGUUUGUUGUAAUACCCAGGAGAAAUUAAAAACAAAGGUUAUGCAAAAUUUGGGGGGCGAGGAAGGUGUAUUGUGGGAGAUGUGCAAGUGGCAUAUCAUUAGCAAAUGAGAGCAAGUUCAGCUCAGGUACCCAAGUGUUUGCCUAGUCCCUGUACGGCGUUUUUCCAGUCCCUUUCGGUCAAUUCACGUCGGUGACGUAUCCGAGGCGAACGGGCGGAGAACGCCUUGACAAAAACAGAAUGAGUGCGUUGCUUUUUGAAAUUCAAGACGUUGUCGAUCAUGUCAGGUAAACAGCAGGCAAUUAUGGUUUCUUAAACAACCCUUGUGGUCCUUGUGGAUAUUUGCGGGAUCGACUUUAAAAAGUCAUCAAUGUUCCAAUUCAUAGUCCUGUCAAGAUUAAUUCUGUUCCUUCAAUCUCAUCAUUCCAACUGAGCUAUCUGAGUUUGCGGCUCUUAAUAUAACCCAUUUAAACGACGGCGAAUUUUCAAAGUAAAAACAGUACUUUAGCGACCUUCUGUGUAGUAAACUUAGAGCGCAAAUUUCGAAGUACAAUUUUGCAAAGAAAAGCCUUUCUUUUCUUCGUCCACUAAAAGAAAAUUAAGCAUUCAUUUGAACUUUCCCUUCCCAUCUGUGUCUUUUAGCGGUGUAUUUUUAACCUUGAAAUGCGGAACACUGUUCUUUUAACCGCCGCCAUUGAGCAGUCUCACGUUUGUCUCGCUAAUUGAGGAUUUUUGUCUAGGCCGGCACAUUUUCGCUUUCACCACGUGUCCCGAAGUGGUAGCCAUCUUGGAAUACUGUGAGAGUGGCAAACCAAAGGCUCGUUCAAACAAGGUCUCGAUCGGUAGCGGUGCUAAGAUUCGGACAAGAAGACGGGGAGGGACAAUGUCGGGACCUAAUUGGCGACCCUGCACCGUGAUACCAAGAGCAAAAAACACUAGAGAAUUCAUUUUUUUCUUGUCUACUUUCAUGCCAAUUCCUGGACUAGGCGCUCGCAAAGGGUUAAAAGACGACUCCGCAACAGCAGCUGAAUGCCAGGCGCAAAUUCCUUCAAAUGAAGGGGUUCGCAUCUGCCCGCUCACUGUCGAAUGA